AUGUCACACACAUGCUGUGAGGCAAACGGAGCAACUGGAAUAAAAAAGAUAAUUUUCUAUCAUAUUGAAAUUGAUGAUAUAGAAGCAGGUGUGUUCAAGUCCUUGCUCCAUUUCAUCUACACGGACUCACUCCCUGAGACGACUCAUGAAGGAACCGAUGAAGGCGCAACGCAAGAAGAUAUAGCAACAGCUGGCCAUCUACUUGUAGCGGCAGAUAGGUACGACAUUGCGAGGCUCAAGCUGAUAUGUGAGGAGAUAUUGUGUAAUCACAUCGAUUCCGACAUGGUUGCAACUAGCUUGGUUUUGGCUGAGCAGCAUAAUUACCAUGGACUCAAGGAGGCUUGCUUCGAGUUCCUUGCUUCUCCGUCCAAUUUGGAAGGGAUGAUCGCAAGCGAUGGUUACAAACAUCUAAAAAGGAGUUGCCCGUCUCUUCUCAAAGAGCUGAUUGCUAGGCUCUUGCCUGUUGAGCUGACAGCAGCUAAGGAUAUUAUCAGGGACAUUUAG